AGGGGAGCGGGUGCUGAGCAGGAGGCUCGCAGGCGCUGGCUGCUUUCACUUGCUGGCGCUCCGGGAACUCACUUCACUCACUCGCCGGGAGGUUGCUCGCCUGCCCUCCGCUACCAAGAGUUCGCCGUGUGUCCGCAGCCCGCUUCUGCUGGGCUGCCCCAGACGCACUCCACCCAGCCGCUCGCGCCCGACCCGACGGUGACAUGGGCUUCCCCCCAGUCCUGGAGGCUGGCGACCGGCGCUGGGGGCCUGUGCUCCUUGCUCUCUUCCUGGCUGCCUCCCGAGGUUUGGUGACAGCCUUCAAGGUCGCCACACCGUAUUCCCUGUAUGUGUGUCCCGAGGGGCAGAACGUCACCCUCACCUGCAGAAUCUUGGGCUUGGGCUCCGUGGCCAAAGGGCACGACGUGACCUUCUACAAGACAUGGUACCGCAGCUCUCGGGGCGAGGUGCAGGCCUGUUCCAGCCGCCAGCCUAUCCGCAACCUCACGUCCCAGGACCUUCACCUGCACCACGGUGGCCACCAGGCCGCCAACACCAGCCAGGAUAUAGCCCGGAAGCAUGGGCUUCAGUCUACCGCUGACCACCAUGGCAACUUCUCCAUCACCAUGCACCACUUGACCCCACUGGAUGACGGCCUCUACUGCUGCCUCGUGGUGGAGAUCCAGCACCACCACUUGGAGCAGAGGGUCUAUGGUGCCAUGGAGCUGCAGGUGCGGAGAGGCAAUGAAACACCAUCCAAGUGCGUCGCAUACCCGUCUUCCCCCAAGGAGAGUGAAAAUAUCACGGCUGCUGCCCUGGCUACGGGCGCCUGCAUUGUGGGCAUCCUCUGCCUUCCCCUCAUCCUGCUCCUGGUCUACAAGCAAAGGCAGGUGGCCUCCAACCGCCGUGCUCAGGAGCUGGUACGGAUGGACAGCAACGCUCACGGAAUUGAAAACCCAGGCUUUGAGGCCCCUCUGCCCUCCCAGGGGAUGCCGGAGGCCAAGCCCAGGCCCCCACUGUCCUACAUGGCCCAGCGGCAGCAUUCUGAGUCUGGGCGCCACCUGCUCUCGGAGCCCAGCACGCCUCUGUCUCCACCAGGCCACGGGGAUGUCUUCUUCCCAUCCCUCGACCCUGUUCCCGAUUCCCCAAACUCUGAGGCCAUCUAGACAAGCUGGUGGGCAGCUGUGGCUGGGCCGGGGGCAGGUGCCUUUGGGCCAGAUGAGCCCUCUGAGGGGUCCCUUGGCCUCGGCCCUGGUUUCCUCCCUCCUGCUCUGAGCCCAGACUCUCUGAGAUGCCCCUGAUGGCCAGAUCCCCCCCCCCCCCGGAUGCUACAGGGCAGAAGUGAGAAGGUGUAGGAUCACUCAGCCCCUAUCUCAAGAAUGGUGGGGUGCUGGGAUCCCACCCCAGACCUGAAAUUCACCAGCAGCGGAUGCCAAUGACCUACAUCCUAGAAGCCCCAGCAUUUCCAGCCUUGUGGUAGCUUCUCUGGGACAUGAGCCUUGGAAUUCGAUAGGACAUAUGCGACAAGAUGGGCACUGAGCAGACCCCGAAGUGCCACCCUCCCAGGAAUCAGCAACAGGACUAGAUGUGGAGAGAUUCCUCCCCGUCGGUGGGACCGGCUCUCCCGUGUCACCCGCGGCUGCUCGUCUGCCAGACUCACUCUUUGUCACAUGGGGCUCAGAGCUGGGCCUGCUGCCCCUGGGGCCAUGGGAGCCUCCCCAGCUGCCUCCACCAGCAACCUCUCCUAGGACCUGCCAACAGCCUAAACAAAUCUGGGGCUCCCACUGCCUGCAUUCUGGUCUCGAGUCCACUGGCCAGAGGCCCCCAAACAGGAAGUACACAUUGGGGCACGGUGGCACGGUGAGCCAACUGGCAUCUUGGGCAAUGGAGGCUGGGCCAGAGGCUGCACACCACCCGGAUGGGGGUGAGGGGGAGCCCGGGGGCCUGCUGGGAAGGUGAGUGGAGAGGGCUCCACCACCCCUCUUCCCCAUCGCACUCCUCCGCUGCUCAGUUUGGCCAGUAGAGAGGGUGACCACAUGAUGUGUUGUCCAAACUGUGAUACUGUUGAGAGUGAAAAGGGCUUGCUAUUAAAAACUACAGGGCAACAGCUGCAAACCCUGUGGACAGACUGUAAGAGCUGGGUUUAAAUCCCUUCCUGCUUCUGAGGUGCCUGAGGCCUGGGAGCCUCCCCCACACCCUCAUCGUUCUUGUUCCAUCUGCUGAGGGCUCACUACAGAGUGACCCUGCCGGGUGGGAGGAGCAAGGCGGACCCAUAGAAGGCUGGGUCCACUCUGCUCUGCACCCUCCGGUGCCACCUCCUGCUUCAGGCAUCCCUCCAGUUUGUCUUCACACACGCAAGGGAAGUCCUUUGUGGAAUUUUGAUUAAAAGGCUGCAUGGCGUGGAGAGGAAGGGGUGGUGGUGGUGGUCUCUGUACACUCUGGGAACGGGGAGGGGUGCUUUUGAGCGGGGUGGGAGCCCCGGGCACUGACUGCAGGGCUGGCUUCAAUUGGGCAUUGGCCUGCCAUCGGCCUACACUGACUGCUGAGCUGGGCCUGGGUGCGGAGAGCCAGGACUAGGCCCCGGGCCGGGCCCGUGGGCAGGGAGAAGCCCACCGGUCACCUGGCAAGGUGGGAAGAUGGGGGUGGGGGUGGAAGGAAGGAGCAGCUCCAGGCUCUCUAGCUGCGGUGAACCCAGGCCUGCGGCUGGAGCCAGAGUGCCCCGGAUACAUGGCAUUGCUUCCAAAGCUGCCCCGGCAGCCCAGGGGCACGGGCCAGCGUGUGCGCCCUGCUGUGCCUCGGCCUUGAAGAAAGGGCGAGCAUGGGUCUUGAGUCUGCACUGACACCUGCAGUAGUCAGAACCCCAAAGGCGGGCUCCUGCUUUGUCCCUGGGGUCCCCUCUUCCAUCCAUCUGCUGCCUUGAACACCCAGUGCCAGCUGCCACAGAAAGAGGGUGCUGUUUUCACACCUUGCGGGGCCCAUGGGGUCGGAAUGGGCAGGGUGACACCUGCUCGAGGCAGGGCGGGCCACCCCCAGUUGGACGAGCCCACAGACCAGACGGCCAGUCUCCCCACUCAGAAAGCGUGCUCCUGCCCUGUGGGGAAGCUGGCCUGGCCCAGCCCUCACUUCUGACUGGAGGCAGAGAGAAAUUCUAAAGGCCUGGCUGCCGCCCCAGGCCCGCCUGCUGCUGUGUGGAGGGAGGAGGAGGCCACGAGCAGAAAGCCACUGCACUUCCUCCCUAGCUUCCUCCUGCAUGGGCUCGAGCCCUCUUCUCUGGACCCCUACGAGCAUCUCAGCUUCGUGGUUUCCUGUUUUCAGUGAAAUUUACUCUGAGCUCCAGGCUCCAUCUUCAUCCAUGACCACAGGCCCCACCCCCAGCAGCCUUAAAGCUCUCCCUGCUGUUGCCAGGGAGAGGCAGGUGCGAGACUAGAAAGAAGACCAUGCACCCCGUGCUCACCUCUGGGGUGGUGCUGCCUCUGCAGACGCCAGCCGGUGGCUGGUCCCGAUGGGUCCCGGCCUAGCGCCCGUGAGCUGGGGUGCAUGGGACAGAGCAGCAGUGGGAACAGGGUGCCUGCCUCCAAGGGAGUGGGAGGAGCCUGGGCCUCCAGGAAGUUGGCUGCAGGGUGGGGCUAAGGGCAGGAGGCUCAUGGAUCCUAACAGUGUCUGAGGCCCUGGGAGGGAAACCUGUGCUUUUAGGUAACGAGUCAUUGUUAAGCGAUGUAUCAGGGACCAUGGGGCCUGUAAACCACCUCCCAGCAUUUACAGUUCAUGAAGACCUUCUGCCUCGAUUCCCUCUAAGGAAAUGGAUUUGGAACUUCUUGGAAAUAUGCUACAGAGGCCACUGCAGAUGCUGCUGUUGGGUCAGGCUGGCCCAGCCAGGGGGUCUGUGGUCCUAGGCACUGGGGUGAACGUGCAGGACCGCAGGACCUGCUUCCCAAAGACCAGCGUUGGGGUUGCCCUCCCUCCUGUCUGGCCAGAGCUCCCGCCCGCAUCCGCGGCCUGGGGCAGAGGGGCUGAUGCACUGCCUUCUUUAGGGAGUAGUCUGCAGUGUGGGGACUCUGAAGGGCACAGCGGGGCUGGGGCUGCAGAGGUCCCGUCACUGUCCCGGUGUGGGCGCUGUAGCCUGCCUUCUGGAAGAAGCCUUGCUGGGUGUCAGCGCCCCACGGCUGGCCGGAAUGUGCCGAGGCUGGGCUACGAUGUGCUCAGGGAGUGCAAAGGCAACAGCAACGCGCAGAAAGAGGAACUGAGGUCGUCAGCCAGGAUGCCGGGUACAAGGCCGCUCAAGAAGCCGACACUCGCAGCCCAUGAGCAUCUGCCCCAGCCGCAGACAGCACUGUCUCGCCCUUCGCUGUACACACUUUGCAUGGUCGUCCUUCUUUCCUGCACAGAUGCUGUGGCUUUGGGUUAGGGUUAGGGUGAGGGUGUGAGUUCCAGGACAGUGGGCGUCUUGCCUGCCCUUUGAACUCGGUUACAGAGCUGACAACUGAAACGUAGCCGAUGGAGAGUGGGUUGAACCAUGAAGUCAGAGCUGAGUUCUCUGGACUGCUCACAGCUGGCAGGGACCUCUGACCGGCCGUUGGCUCUGGUUCCUAGCAGCUGCGUCUGGGCCUGACGGAAUCUCCUCAGCGGCCACCCUUCCCUGAGCUUGUGCAGGCCGGGGAAGAGGUUUCGUUUGGUUUUGCAGUUCUGGUCUGUCGGCAUGUCUUCCUGGAUGACGUAUCAGUGUAGCUUAACGAGCAAGUGCUGACGCUGGUUAGCAACGUCUGCCUUGGGCACAGGAUAGAGGAGCAGCAGCACGUGUGCCUUCCCAAAACACGUCCACACGUGUUACUGCUCCUUUGAUCCCCUCGCCCAGGAAACCCGGAGAGGCUUUCCCGUCCCCAUUUACUGCAUCGGGAAACUGAGGUUUCUAAAGGCUUGUGUCUUGUCACAGCGGAUGAGGAACUGGGAGUGAAGCCCAGGUUUCCUGCUCCCAGGUCCGUGCUCCUUCCUCUUCACGGAAUUGAAUGGCAUGGCAGGGCAGGACUUGCUGACAGUGCGUGCCAGGGCCCCGGAGCGGAGCUGUGCCCACGUGCCCAUGGCUCCCCUCCUUCCACAUCAGUCCUCGACACUCCCUUUCUGCCUGGCAACCCUGCCGCCUCAGGACUGCCGGUAGGCGAGGCAGGCCACGCACUACUUGCUUACAGCGGGGCGGGGGGCACCUCAGAUGGCUGCAGAGCCCCCGUGUCACUUGGAGGAACUGAGCCAGUUGCAUGUGCAGCCUCUGAGCAGCGGCGGAACAUCCCUAAGGAGCAGGGUUAGGGGAAGGGUCUGCACUGCAUCACGCCGGGCCAGAGAAGGCCAGCCUACUUGGUGUGCAGCCCAGGGAAGGGCCCAGGCUGGGGUUUCCUAACUUGAGCCAGGGGAAGCAGGCUUCCAAACAGAAGCAGGGUCCAAGUUUAAUACACAGGAGAGUCCUUGGCCCUAAGAUAGGAGGUGAGCUGCCGAGAGCAGCGUCCCUAGCUCACAGACUCUCAAGGGGCUAUUGCUGGUGAACCAGACGUAGGUAGAUUUGUUUGUCCUCUGCCUCCAUAGGUGGCUUUUGCAGAUCUCAGCAGCCUGAAAGCUAGGCUGGUUAUCUGAGAUCGUCUAACCUGCUGGGUGUCAUUUGCCUGGAAGCAAGGCCCCGUCAGGCCCUCCCUCUCCCCAUCCCCCUGCCAAGGUGCCUCUGUGGCUGGGGCUCGGCUCCUGACCUCCCAGUUACCUUCCGUCCUUCCUCCCUGGGCCUGGCCCUUCCUCUUGCAGGGGCCUCCCUGCUGGCCACUUAGACCCUUCCGCCAAGCCUAGCCUCCCUGUGGCCUGCAGCCAGCCAGAGACUGAGGCUGGACAAUGACUUCCCCGGCCGGCUGGCGGAUCAUUGUGUGGUAGGGCUGGGCUGGCCCGGAUGCCCCUUUCAGCACAGCCGUUCCAACUCUGGGCGCUCUGGGGCUGAGAACGGGUGGCCACGGCCUAGGCUGUUCGCAGGAAUGUCCAGCCCUCAGGAAACGGGGGGAGCCCAGGGAGAAAAGAGGGCUCAGAUACAUCAGACACAGCCUUUCUCUUGGUUUGGGGAGGCCUUUGGUAGCUGGGUCCCAGGUCCCCUGCUUAGAGAUAUAAA